AUGUCCGAAGUCGAUAAGGAGGUACUUGUGGAAAAGGAGAUUCCGAAAGAACAGGCUGAAGUGAAGGAGGAGCCUGUCGCGGCUGAAUUGCCGAAAGAACAGCCGGAGGAUGAAAACAACGAGGAUGAAGAGAAGGUCUCCGAGAAGAAGAAGAAGAAGAAGAAGAAAUCGAAGAAGAAGUUCACAGGUUCUAUUCUCCCCGAAUUGCGGUGCAUCGGCGGAUACGUCGAUUGGUACGUUCGAUCCGGCCAGACAGCCGAUCUCCAAACCCCUCUGGAUGCCAUCUACGGAAAGAAUUAUCCCGCUGGUCGCGUUGACUAUUAUGUGGAAACCGACACUCGCAAGCGAAUUACGGAUGAGGAAGCUCGCAUCCGCGACUCUUGCUACGAAGAUCAGAUAGAAUGCUACCGAAAAGCGGCUGAAGUGCACCGCCAGGCCCGUUCGUACAUCCAAGGCAAAAUUAAACCCGGGAUGAAGCUGUACGACAUUUGCUGCGACGUGGAAGAUCGCGUCCGCCAUCUGAUCAAGGAGAACGGUCCCUUGGCGGGUAUGGGCUUCCCGACUGGCUGCUCGAUCAACAACUGCGCCGCUCACUACACGCCGAACCCCGGCGACGACACGGUGCUCAAUCAGGGCGACGUUGUGAAGUUUGACUUCGGCACGCAGGUGAACGGAUACAUCAUCGACAGUGCAUUCACGAUCGCGUUCGAUCCGCAGUUCGACGAGCUGCUUCUGGCCUCCAAAGAAGCGACGUACGCUGGAAUCCGCGAGGCCGGCGUGGACGCGCGUCUUGGCGAGAUCGGCGGCAUCAUCGAGGAAGUGAUCUCCUCGCACGAAGUGACGAUCCGCGGCCGCACGUACCCGAUUCGCCCGGUUCGGAACCUGAGCGGGCACACGGUGGCGCAGGGCACGAUCCAUGCGGGGAAGUCGGUGCCGCUGAUUCGCGAGGAAGGCCACGAGCGAAUGCUGGAGGGCGAGGUCUACGCUAUCGAGACCUUCGCGUCGACCGGGCAGGGAAUGGUCGUCGAGAACGGCGAGUGCUCGCAUUUCGCGCUGGUGCCUGAGCAGUACGCGAUGCUGCGCACGCAGAAGGCGAAGGCGCUGCUGGCGCAUAUUCGGAAGACGUUCGGAACGCUGCCGUUCUGCCCGCGAUGGCUGGUGCGGCCCGAUGGAGGGUCGUUCGCGGUGAACGGAGACAAGGGACAGCAGAAGAUGUAUCAGGGAGCGCUGCGAAGUCUGGUGGAGCAGGGCGUGGUGCGGGACUAUUUGCCGCUGUCGGAUCAUAGAGGAAGCUAUGUGUCGCAGUGGGAACACACGCUUAUUCUGAAGUCCCACUCCAAGGAGGUGUUGUCGUGGGGAACCGAUUAUUGAGU